CGGCAAUAACCUUCCUCUCUCCCGAAUUCAAAUUCAUCGUCAAUUCUCUCAUUCUUGAAUUCAUCAUUCAUCUCUUGAAACAAUCGGGGAGAAAAUGAGUUCCACCAUUCAAAGAACCCCUAAAUCUGGAAGACAAUCGUUAUUCUUCCAUGAUUUAUCAUCACCAGCUACCGCUCGAAGAGAAGGAAGCGGAAAAUUCACAACUCCAGGUCAGGCGGCAGCAGUUUCCGCCUUAUGGCGUGAGAAUUUCGCUACUUCAGAUCUCCCUCCUCCGCCACUCUUCACCCUCGAAGACCGUGCCGACUUCUCUCCUGAAUUCGGACUUCCUGACUUCCCAACUUCUCCUGAAAUCAAAUCAGACCCAAGAACGAACAGAUUAGAUGCCGUCGUCUCUUCGGAUUCUUUCAAUAACUCCCCGCCUACCCACCACCAGCCGCCGUCACCGCAGCCGCCGCAACAGAGUCCAUUGGCAAGUUUGAGUUGGUGGUCACCAGGGCAGGGUGCAGGUAGUGUUGAUCAAGAAGAUAAGGGGAAGGGCUCUCAUGUAAAUGAAGACGUGGUUCAGUCUGGUGCCUUAAUCACACUCCCCCCUUUGAGAGAAGUGGCUAGGCCUGAAAUGCAACGAAAUUCAUUACCUGUUGAUGGAAAUCUUGAUGAUGAAGAAGAAUGGAUCACUGUUUAUGGGUUCUUACCAGGAGAUACAAAUUUAGUACUGAGGGAGUUUGAAAAAUGCGGUGUGAUCCUAAAACAUGUGCUUGGUCCACGGGCUUCUAACUGGAUGAACAUUCUUUAUCAGAGUCGGGCAGAUGCUCAGAAAGCGCUAAGUAGAAAUGGGUUGCAGAUUAACAGUGUUUUAAUAGUUGGAGUGAAGGCAGUUGAUCCUGGUCAACAUCAAUCUCUGAAUGAAAGGAUGAACAAUAAUCAAGGUUUCGUGCCAUUGCCUCCUCGUCCAUCGUUUGGAAAAAACUCGAGUGGAAACGCAAUUAAGUUAUCUUCUCGGCCUUAUUGUCUUCAAAAUGGAAGUGCUAGUAGUAAUUCUCAUCAACCAGGAAGCACCAUUGCCACACCAGCUAAGUCAGCUGUGUCUAAAGUUAUGAACUUGAUGUUUGGGAUCUAGCCUAGGCAUGGCAAUGAGGCCUAAUGGGGGGUAGGGUACCCGAAGGAAUAGAACAGUUCAGUUCGGGUAUUUAGUUUUAAAUUUCUGUUUGGGGCAAUUUUGGGUCGAAACAGAGGUAACUGAAAAAAUAACCGGACAAACUGAUACCUGAAAUUUUCAUUUUUUUAGUUUUAAGUUUCUGUCAUUGUUCUUAAUCAAUUGUUCGGUUAGGCUUUUUA